AUGACUGAAGUGCUGGCUUCUGAGAUCACACCACUAACAGGAGCGAAUCCGUUUCGCUCGGAAGACAAUCUCGCUGGGAGUGCCAUGCGAACCCCGUCUUAUCUGAGAGUGAGUUGUGCGCUGAACGGUUAUCGACAGUAUCGUCGAUUGAAUACAAGCGGCACCCCUUUGAGAAGUCCGCCGAGUGCACUCCCGUUAAGCAACGUCCAACGACGUCUGUUAAUCUUCAAUUCGCCUGAUUCACAAAGGUUCAUUUUUUGA